UACAAGCCAGGGAGUCCAAAGUCCAUUAAUUUAAGUCCUUUCAGAGUUCAGAUAAAAUGUAUUUCUUUUAAAAUAUUGAAAGUCUUUACAGCUUUGUGUUGUAACAUUGGUGUCUGUCUGCAGAUACUGUGGUGGCAUCAGGAGCUAUCCAGCGGUUGCCAUGGUAACAGUAAACAGGUAGUAGAGCUCACCGUGCGUUCCUCCAGUGAAACUCAACGGCACCGGAGUUAACACACCUGAGGACUUCAGCAGCAGUUUGUGUGACCAAACCAUGAAACAGAGCCGAAGAAAAGGUUCCCCUGAAGAAUGAGAGCUGAUGUUAGUAUGGAGGUGAAACAGUCUGUCCAGCUGGGUCAGGAGGCUACUGAUAGACGCUGCACACCACGCCCACACACUGGGAAGACACGAGGUCGGUCCAGAGGUCAGAAGGUCACAGCUGUGGUCCAGCAAUGCAACCAAGAUGAAAGCAAAAGCUUGCAAAGAAAUUUGUUAGCUAUACCUGCUGAGGGCAAAGUUCGCCGCAGUUUUGUCAGUUUACCUGCUCUUAACCCAGAGAGACUGAAGACAGCCAAAGCCCUUGCGGACAAAGCCGUCAGGAUGCACAAGGUGUUCACUGUCCAGGGCCCUUACCCUGUCAUCAGGGCAGCGUUGAGGGCCAGAGGCUGGGUGGAGCAGCGUGUGCACCGCCCGAACCACCACGUUUACCAGCGCCACUGCGAUGAGGGCAGAGCCAGCUCUAAUGAUGAAGAUGACGAGAACUCUGACCAUGUGGAAGAAGAGCAGGAUCCAGAUGGACUAUAUGGUAUCAUGUCUCGCCUGGUGCGGAACAAAAUGGUUUAUUUCUAUUGGACAAACCGCAGAGACGCCAUCUACACCAACAGCUUGCAAAAAGAACAGAUUACCAAUCAUUUUGCAAAAGCAGGCAGCUUCACCACCAAGGUUGGGUUGUGUGUGAACUUGAGGAACCUGCACUGGUUUGACUCAGCUGACCCCGACACCUUCUUCCCUCGCUGUUAUAGACUCGGAGCUUUGGAUGAGAAGCAUGCUUUCAUUGAGGACUACAGGAGGACAGCCUGCACCAGUUUUUUGAAGUACAUUGUGGAGAGGGAGCAGGGAACAAGCCACAACAUUCAAGCUGCGAGGAAACAAAGCAAACAGCGAUCUAGACCGAUGAACCUUUCACUAAUGAUUUCCAGCGCACUCAAAGUAUGCCAUGAGUUUCUAGAGAGUCUGGAGCACAGGGACAUAGACAUAAACAUGGAGACACCACAGACACUAACCAAGGAGGAGUGGGCAGAGUUUAUCAACAGUUACUACCUUGUUGUUCACGGAGGAGCAUUGAUCGAGGACAGCGAUCGUUUUGUGUCCUGCUGCAAAGCCAUGCUACAGAGGCUCGCGACGGUCAGUCCACAGCUGGACAUAGAUGGCAUACACAACAUCUGGAUCAUCAAACCUGGAGCUAUGUCCAGGGGCAGAGGUAUCAAAUGCGCCAGGCAUCUGGAUCAGAUCCUCCAGCUGGUGGACGUUGAUCCAAUCCUGAUCAGGGAAAGCAAGUGGGUGGUGCAGAAGUACCUGGAGUGCCCCUUGCUGGUCCACGGCACCAAAUUUGACGUGCGGCAGUGGUUCCUGGUCACCGACUGGAACCCUCUGACUGUGUGGUUCUAUAAAAAGUGCUACUUACGUUUCUCUACGCAGCCUUACUCGCUAGACACAAUGGACAGCUCAGUCCACCUGUGCAAUAACUCCAUCCAGAGGCACUUGACACCCUCCCGACAACGCCACUGCGGCAUCCCAGCAGACAACAUGUGGUCGGAUGACCAGUUCAGGACCUUUCUGUCCAGUCAGGGCCGAGAGGCUCAGUGGCAGACGGUGGUAGUCCCCGGGAUGGAGAAGGCUGUGAUCCACGCGUUACAGGCAACUCAGGAUCUGAUGGAGUCACGCAAAAACACCUUUGAGCUCUACGGUGCUGACUUCAUGUUAGGUCAUGACCUGCGUCCAUGGCUGAUAGAACUCAAUGCCAGUCCCACUAUGGCUCGCUCCACCCCUGUGACAGCCCGCCUCUGUACUGCUGUGCAGGAAGACACUCUACGAGUCGUCCUGGACCUGAGAGCAGACCGCACUGCAAGCACUGGAGACUUUCAGCUCAUAUAUAGGCAGGCAGCAGUAGACGUGCCACAGUAUGUGGGAGUCAACCUGCUUGUUGAGGGCUCCAAGAUCAGGUCUCCCUACCGACUUCCUCCACUGAGGGCCUCCACCUGUUCAGCACUAAAGCGCCGCAGCCCCAUCAAGGAGAAGAAACCCGCAGCAGAAAAAGUAAUGCCUCUGCCGAGGUGGUUGAAGAGUUCAGAGACUCGGCUCAGAAACAUCAACAGUGUGCUUCCACCACCUCCUCUUUUUCCUCUUCCUCAUCCUCCUGUACCUGCCCCCAUCGAAACCUUCUCACUUCCCCUGCCAAUGACGGUGAAGUCCACCCACCUGCCCAUUAGUGCCAAGUCCCACUCUGUACGUUGGUGUAAGAGGAGACCAAAAGUCCGCUCAUAGGGAGUCCAUCUCUGUACGAUAGAGAAGGACAAAGGUCCGUCUUUGUCUUUGGAGAUUACUGCUCCAAAACAGUCUAGACAAUCAGCCACCAGCACCUUGAGUGCCUAAAAAAAAUUUUAAAAGAUGAUUUGCUGACCAAAUCAUUUACCUUCAGCUUGAACUUAGUGAAAUCAGAAUUUAAUAAAUUGUCAUCUCUUGUUUUUCACUCACUAA